AUGUCAACCAACCUCCAAUCCGCACCCACCCCCAUUUCCCUCGACACCAAAUACACCGCAGCAAAACCCACUACACUCGGCCUCCGCUGCCACGACCGCCACUUCCGCGACGCCGUCGUCUGCGACGAACACGGUGACAAACUGUUCGAUUUCACUGCCAAAGGUCUCGGUACAUCAUGGACACUACGCCGCAGUCUCGUCGACAGCACUUCAGGCGACCACAUCCUGGACCUUCGUCACACGGCACUGAGCUACAAAUCCUGGACCCUCGAAGACAUUACCGGCAACGAAAUCGCAAAGAUCAAAGAUGUCACUAGUGGAAGUGGGUUCACUGCUGUGAACGUACAACUCGGCAAUGUAGCAAUCGAGAUGCGAUCCUUUGACCAAACUGGCAGUAGAACAGCUUUCCAAGUGGAUGGGACGCUUAUUGCAGAAAUGACUCUGACAGAUAAUAACGAUGCUUCAUUUUUGCAUAAACGGNGGUUGGAUCGCACGGCUUGGAAGCUUGAAGUCGCUGCAGGCGUGGAUGUCUCUCUCGUUGUCGCAUUAGCAUUUGCGCGUGUCGAGAUAUCGCAUGCCUGGCGCCGAUGA